AUGGAUCCGAAAAUUACGCGUCGCCUGGGGCGUGUGAAGCACAUUGUGCUGGUGCUCUCUGGCAAAGGCGGCGUCGGCAAGUCGUCUGUCGCCGCACAGCUUGCCCUCUCCCUCUCCUACCAGACCGAAGGGAGCGACCGCCUCAAGGUCGGCAUCCUCGACAUUGACCUGACCGGCCCAUCGAUCCCCCGCAUGCUCGGCCUGGACGGCGCGCCGGUGCACCAGAGCACGGACGGGUGGGUGCCGGUGUAUACCGAUGCAUCGCAGUGCCUUGCCGUGAUGAGCGUCGGCUUCCUCCUGCGCUCAAAAGACGACAGCGUGAUCUGGCGGGGGCCCAAGAAGCAGGGCAUGAUCCGCCAGUUUCUCGGCGACGUGCGCUGGGGCGAUCUCGACUACCUGAUUAUCGACACGCCGCCCGGGACCUCGGACGAGCACAUCUCGCUUAUGGAGGCGAUCCACGACUUUGCGCCGGUCGCCGUGAUGGUCACGACGCCACAGGCAGUGGCACUCAACGACAAUCUGCGCUCGCUCGACUUUACACGCAAGGUGGGCCUGCCGGUCGUCGGCAUGAUUGAGAACAUGAGCGGGUACGUGUGUCCCCACUGCGACGAGUGCACCAACGUCUGGGGCAAGGGCGGCGGCGAGUCGCUCGCCGAGCGCGAGCACAUCCCCUUCCUCGGGCGCGUGCCGAUCGACCCUGCGCUGGUGCGCCUGCUCGACGACGCGAAAGAACGCCUACGCAACCAUUGGGCGCUACAAAAAUAG